CGCUAAGUGCUCGGAGUUAAUAGCACCUCCUCCGAGCACUCGCUCACGGCGCCCCCUGCCUGGAAAGAUACCGCGGUCCCUCCAGAGGAGUUGAGGGACAGGGUCGGAGGGGGCUCUUCCGCCAGCACCGGAGGAAGAAAGAGGAGGGGCUGGCUGGUCACCAGAGGGUGGGGCGGACCGCGUGCGCUCGGCAGCUGCGGAGAGGGGGAGAACAGGGAGCUAGCGGCGGGGAGCAGCAUGGAGCCUUCGGCUGACUGGCUGGCCACGGCCGCGGCCCGGGGUCGGGUAGAGGAGGUGCGGGCGCUGCUCGAGGCGGGGGCGCUGCCCAACGCACCGAAUAGUUACGGUCGGAGGCCGAUCCAGGUCAUGAUGAUGGGCUGCGCCCGUGUGGCGGAGCUGCUGCUGCUCCACGGCGCAGAGCCCAACUGCGCCGACCCCGCCACUCUCACCCGACCCGUGCACGACGCUGCCCGGGAGGGCUUCCUGGACACGCUGGCGGUGCUGCACCGGGCCGGGGCGCGGCUGGACGUGCGCGAUGCCUGGGGCCGUCUGCCCGUGGAUCUGGCUGAGGAGCGGGGCCAUCGCGAUGUCUCACAGUACCUGCGCGCGGCUGCGGGGGGCACCAGAGGCAGUAAUCAUGCCCGCAGAGAUGCCGCGGAAGGUCCCUCAGACAUCCCCGAUUGAAAGAACCACAGAGGCUCUGAGACACCUCCGGAAACUUAGAUCAUCAGUCACCGAAGGUCCUACAGGGCCUCAACUGCCCCCACCACAACCCACCCCGCUUUCGUAGUUUUAAUUUAGAAAACAGAGCUUUUAAAAAUGCCCUGCCUUUUAACGUAGAUACAUGCCUUCCCUCACUACCGUAAAUUUCCAUUUAUAUCAUUUUUUAUAUAUUCUUAUAAAAAUGUAAAAAAGAAAAA